UCAAAUCAAAUAGUCUUCCUCAAUAAACACACCAUCACACUUCAUCUCUUCUCAAUUUCUCAUCCACCCUUUCUCCUCCUUCUGUCCAUUUCUUAUUCACCAUUUAUUUAACCUUAAAUUGCAUGCAUCACACAUUGGUUCAUCCACAUUUUCUAAGAACAUCAAACACUUUCCUAGGCAGAAGCUACAUAUAGAAAGGUGAGUUUGAAACAAUGGCUGGAGUAAGGGAACAAGACCAAUACAUGCCAAUAGCGAACGUGAUAAGAAUAAUGAGAAGGAUUCUUCCAUCACACGCCAAAAUCUCCGACGAUGCGAAAGAGACGAUUCAAGAAUGUGUAUCUGAAUACAUAAGCUUCGUAACAGCAGAAGCAAACGAGCGGUGUCAAAGAGAACAGAGAAAAACCGUUACAGCAGAAGAUUUGCUUUGGGCAAUGGGGAAACUAGGGUUUGAUGAUUAUGCUCAUCCUUUAACAUUUUACCUUCAACGUUACCGUGAAAGUGAAGGUGAACCUGCUUCUGUUCGACGCACUUCUUCUCUUGCUUUGCCUCCUCCUCUUCCAAUGCCUCAGCAGCAGAUUCCGUCGUUAUCAUCAAUGCCGGUUCUUAAUAAUAAUAGUAGUAAUAGUUGUUAUGGUUUUGGUUAUGGUUUUGAUUUUGAUCAAGGGUUUGGUGGUGGUGAUGGUAAUCCUUCUUCUUCUGCUGCUGCUUUUGUACCUAACUUUGAUUAUUAUCCUCAUCUCAAACGUGAUAAUAACAUGUGAUGAUGAGCAUUGUGAGUGAUGCGCAAGGAUGAGUCUUAUGUAUGAAGUGGUACAAGUUCUUAUUACACGUUCCAUGUUUCAAAAAACAUGCUAUUAUAGUUCAUUUUAUUGGCUUUAUUUUUAUUUGGCUGUUUUAGUUUUUUUUGCUUAAGAAAAAUAUUUAGAUGUUUUGAGGUUGAGAGUUCACUGAAUUGAAGAUAAACCUAUAGGCAGAUAGUUUUGAGUAGCUGAUUAUUCAUCAUUAAAGUUCUUACACUUGUAAUGAAGUUGAAUUGUUCACUAAUAUUAAGAUAAACUUCAAGAUA